AUGGCAUCACGGUUCCUCCAAAGCUUUUCGCGCUCAGCGCCCACCGUGGCCCGCUCGUUCCAACAGCGAAGCGAAGUUCUCGCACCAGUCCUCUCCCGCACAUACGCCAGCAGCGCCGCACCCGGCCAAUCAUCCAACGUCUCCAACCCCCAAGCAAGCAGUGCUGAGAGUCAGGAUAUCAACAAGAGUGCCUCACUCGGUCGAACAGACAAGAACGAUGGCGACCACGCGUCGAUAGCAAACCCAGUCAGCCACCCAGAGCAGGAUCGAGCAGGCGCGACGGAGGAGACGACGGAGAGCCAGGACCACAUGAAGCAUGACCCAAAGGAGUCGGAUGCGAAGAAGAGGGAAAAGACGCUAAACUACGGCCAGAACAAGCCUUUGGACGCGGCUGAUAAGUAG